AUGGACGACGACAUUUCUCUUGGAGCAUCCGUAUGGGGUGCUCCCGCAUCCCCUGUGGCCAUUAGGCCGAUUGUACCCUCAUUCCCAUCCGCCGGGACCAGCAAUGACGGGUUUGAUGACUUUGAUAACUUCGAGACACCCCCAGAGACCACUUCAAUGUCUGCAGAUGAUGCAGACGAUGAUUUCGGAGACUUUGGAGACUUUGGAGAGCCACAGGAAGUCAGGUACACCUCCACGUUCGAAGAGGAUGCUGGGUUCGGAGCCGACGUACGGAUACCUGGUCCUUCAGGCAUCGAUUGGGGACCUCUACAAAUCAAUCCAAUGCCGUCGAGAGAGGAUUUGCAAAAUCAGGUCGAUGAAAUAUUGGGUCCGCUGUGGGCGAGCAUCGACCUUACUCGCCUAUCAGAAGAGGACAUCAGACAGGCUGAAGGCCUGAACCAGACUUUGGUCACUCCUCAGAGUCGUGAACUGUACAAGAUUCUCCUGCCACCAUCACUGCCUGCGUUGCAGCCUGUCAAUUGGACGCGCUCUCGUAUACGGCGACGACAUCUGAUCUCGCUCGGCAUUCCCGUCAACCUUGAUGAGGUCCUUCCACGAGCCAACGGGAAACUACCUGCUCUCGAAAUUACUACGCGGCCAAUGUCAGCUCCACCGGGCCCUCGAACGGCGCCUGUUUUGAGAUCUGUUGUGUCCUCGCAGGCAGGUACGCCGCGUCCCGGUACACCGCGCGCCGGUACACCACGUCCGGGUACCCCACAGACCAGCAUCGGCGCAACUUCCUCGGUCGCGGCGCAAUUGCGCCUCGGGCCCAUGCCAGAAAUUGACGAAUCUAAGAUUUUGUCGUUGCUCAGUCUGGAUUCAGACAAGCUCACGUUGCUGCCGUUAUCUACACUCGAGAAGUAUCUGUCUGAUAUCCAAGCGCAGACGAUUCAUACAUCGGCUGCUCUGACCUACUUUCUGCAGACGCGGGAUGCUUUGCGACAGGAUUCAGACACAUAUAAUAAGUUAAUUGGAGAAUUAGUGGGCGAGGCACAGAAGAUAAAGACAGGCAAGCGGGUUGCGGGUAGCAGCAAGAGGAGCACAAUGACAUGA